GGAAAAAGUAUGCGUCGUAGAACCUCCCAGACCACCUCUGAAUGGGAUCAGAUCUCAAAGCGUUCUCAAUGCGUCUGGGGGGCAUUCACACCUUGAGCUGUCCACUUGUGAUCGGACCCCUCCACGACGAAAUGUUAUUGUAAGGUGUGAACGGGGCCAAAGAGAGAGACUGCAUUCUGAAACUCAACAUCCCUCAUAAGAACAUAUUUGGCGAGAGUCAAUAGUCGAGUCUGGAGUGUUUAUAGGUAUACCAUAAAGAGAAAUUAAAUAACUCUUUUUUUACUGUGCGAUACUGGCAAGCUUUUUUAUUUGAAUUCCUUUCUUUAGUGUUUGUUCAAAGACAAAGCCAAGUUCCUGAACUGUACCCUUGAUAUUAGUAACUGCUUUAAGGUCAUUGCUGCUCACGGCCAAAUGGGAAUUCAUUGGACUUCUUAACCAAUUUAGGUGGAAGAUUUCUUCCGAUUUUUCAAACUGGUCUUGUUUUUUGAAUGUCAAAUUGGUGGCGGUGUCUUAACCCUUGUGUUGCCUUAGGGUCAAUUUGACCCGAUUCAAUAUUUAACACUCCUGCCGCCUUAGGGUUAAUUUGACCCCAUUCAAUGUUUAAUGUCUGUGUUCUUUCGGUAGUCAACAAACAAACAUAAAGUGCCUCACACUUAAACUUGGAAAACAAUAUUAAUUCUAAUAAUUUUCUGGAGGUUUUAAUUGCUGGCGUCAAAUUGACCCCAAGGGUAAAAUAUGUUAGUAAAUAUAAAGGUAACAGGAGGGUUAAACAUUGAAUCGGGUCAAAUUGACCCAAAGGCAACAGGAGGGUUAAGCAUUUCUGAUGAUUUGAGAUUGGAAAAGAAAAGAAGUUGCUUAGAUUAACCACGAUGUCAUUCAUAUAAAAUGGGAAGGACAGCACCAGAUGAGGACGAGACAUGUUUGUGCCUUUUUGUAAGUCGAGUAACUCUUAUUACUUUGUGUCUGUCUCUAUACUCAAUGUUGUCAGUGGCAAGGAAAAGAAAGUUCUUCCAUUUCUUGUUUUCACUUUUGUUGUGUGUGUGUGUGUGUGUAAGCAUACGCAUCAUUGUGGAAGGUCGCACAAGAUUCAUUGUAAAAGUGAAAGUCAGGGCUACUUGGCUGUGUGUAACUCUGACUUUAUAUUUCUUUAGAGUUUAGCAGCCAGAGGCGGAAUCUGUUCAACCAAAACUCCUUCAAAGACAUUUACGGAAAGAAUGUCGGAAAGGGCCGAGGAUGACGUCAGGGGGGAGCAGCGCCGAGCGGCCAGGCAGCAGCUGAAGCAGCAGCAGAUCCAGCGGGGAGAAGGCUCCACAGCAAUGGCGACUGUUGCGGAGCGGAGAGCCUUGCCGAGUCCGGACGCAAUGCUGGGACAGCCGUGGGGCAACUGGGUCGACGCCGCCAAACUCAACGGCACCGACGGUGCCGAAUCGGAGGAAAGUUUAAAAGACUUCGGGAAAAAUCGUGAAGCCAUGCGUUUGUGCAGAGAAGACAUGCCCAUAUUCGGCCAAUGCCCCGCACAGGACGACUUCUACCUGGUGAUGUGCAACCACUGCGGCCAGGUGGUGAAGCCCCAGGCCUUCCAAGCACACUACGAGAGAAGACACAGUUCGCCCAUCAAGCCGGCCUCCGCCGCCCCGUUCCCCGUGUCGGGCAGGAACAGGACCGGCGGGCCCGGGCUGGGCUCGGCGUCCGCAGCCGGAGGCGUCCCGAGCCGACCUUCCGCCGCCGGAGCUUCAGCCUCCACCUCCAAUCCCAAACUCCUCAAACCAGCCAAAGAGAAGCUGCCAGACAUCCCGCGAAGAACCCCGUUUGCAGCCUUCAGGACACCCCAGCUGGACAAGCUCCUCACCCCGGCUGUCAAGGUGGAGAAGAUGCACCUGCGGGUGGACUCGUCGGCCAAGCUGGUGCAGGCCCAGUCUGCCCCGGUCGCCACCGCCACCACCACCUCAUCCCCCUCCACAUCCUCCUCUAGCACCACUGUGAGCGCCAACACUACCACCACCACCAUCACCUCCUCCUCCUCCUCUUCUUCCUCACUAUCAGCCCUUAAACCAGGCCUUAACUGUCCCUCCAUACCAAAGCCUCCGUUACUGGCCGCGGGUCCGAUUCCCAACGGCAAGGGUCACCUCUCGGUCCUCUCGGACAAGAAGCAGGACAACAGCAGCAGCAGACGCCACCUCAGCAAGAAAGUGACAGAACGUGAGUUCAUUGCCGAUGUCCACUGUGGCGUUGUGGAUAUGACCGCUCGGAAACCAUGCACAAGAUCCCUAACAUGCAAGACACAUUCCUUAAGCCAGCGGCGGGCGGUGCCCGGGCGGAGGAAGCGCUUUGACACGUUGCUGGCGGAGCACAAGAACCGAGCGAGGGAGCGGGAGAUGGAGAAGGAGAGAGAGCUCCACCAACCCACGUCCCAGCAAAGCGCGUCUCUCAGGGACCCUCACCCCGCCUCCCACCUCGCCGCUGCUGCUGCCCACGACGCCCACCCGGUCGCUCAUGGCAACGGCCCCGCCCCAGACGCCACUAAGCCUUUGACUCUCUGCAAGCCCAAAUUUCACAGCCCUGGUCUUCCACGACUAAACAGUGGUCACGGCGGCGUUGCCCCCGGAGACGCUGCAGUCGUCCACGAGUCGUCGCACCACGCCGCGCCCGACGGCUUCUCUCGGCCCUCCAGCGACGAGGGAGAGAACGAGGAGCGCGAGGACUCCGCCGACAAGCUGGACUGUCACUAUUCAGGUUAUCACCCUCGACCGGCAGCUUACUGUACGUUUGGAAGUCGACUGUUCGGGAGAGGUUGCUUCUCCUUCGACAGGCGGUGGGACAAAGUGCGCUGCGCCCUCAGCGCCAUGACGGACAAGCACGUCAACUCUCAGAUGUGGAAGAAAAUCCCCUUGGCCUUGGAGAACUCCUCCUCCUCCUCCUCCUCCUCUGUUGCACCUUCCCACAGGACAAGCACAAACUCUCACGGUAGCACCCCCUCUCCAGGCUUCCUGGGCCCCCCCGCCGCCUUGCCCCAGACUCCUUCCAGCCAGUCCGUGCUCUCGUACGGCACCACCUUAAACGCCCGCGGCGCCGAGCACCCGGCCUACGGCAUUGCGCAGGCCCGGCAAGUGUCUUCGUCGCCGCAGAUGCCUUCAGCCCACUCGUCCUCCUCCUCCCCUUCCUCGGCUCCUUCCCUCGCCUCGGGCCGGGCGCUCAAGUCCCGCUCCUCCAGCAGCAGCACUACCAAGUCGGCGGCGGCGGCGUCCUUCAAGCCCAGGGACGUCUCCUCCGGCUCCUCGUCGGCGCCCUUCGUCCCCAACUCCGUGGGCAGCGGGGGCGGAGCCAACAGUAGCAACGCCGGCUUCGGCUCGGGGAAGAAGAGGAAGAACAGCUCCAUCCUCUCUUCUUCAUCCCACGAGUCCCCCUCUUCGAAUGCCAUCUACUCUUCUUCCUCCUCCCCGCUCAAGAAGAACUGCGUGGCCGUCGGCAGCUCGGGGAGCGCCUACCACCACGGCUCGCUGGGCCCUCCCUCGUCGUCGUCGUUAUCUUCCUCCCACGUCGGGGUCCACAGCGUGGGGCUCAGCUGUGGCCCCACCGUGCGGACUAACUCGCUCAGCCUCAAGGCGGAGCCUCCUGGGGGUCCGGCGGGCGGCUCCUCGGGGCCCCCGGGGCGAGGGCCCCCCUCGGGCAGCCCGGCCGAGUCCAUCAAGCGCAUGAGCGUCGUGAUGAACAGCAGCGACUCCACGCUCUCUCUGGGGCCCUUCGUCCACCACCAGUCCUCGUCCUCGUCGGACCACCACGCCGCCGCCGCCGCCUUCGGCCACCACGCCGCGGACGGCCGGCUGGAGGGCAAGAAGCGGAAAAGCUCCCCCGCCUCCAGCGGCAUUCAUAGUGGUGGAGGAGGAGGUGGAGGAGGUGGAGGAGUGGGACCUGGACCAGGGAGACCCAAAGUGGCCAAGUCGCCCGCCAUCAACAACAUCCAUGGGAAACAUGGGCGGAGUCUCCCGGGGACGCCCGGCGUACCAAACAACUCCCACCUCCACCAGCCGAAGGCUCGGCCCUGACGGCGGCGCCGGCCUCUGUGGACGGUGGUGCCGGCGGCGGGCGGACGGGGAACCGACUUCACAAGGCCUUCUGGAAUCCAACCCACGUUACUCUCAGCUUCCCACAAUCCUCAGGGUGGAGACGACCUGGUCAAUGUGGUCCUUACGAUUUCUCCCAAAGCCAUGUGUGCGUGUGCGUGUGUGCGUGUGUGUGUGUGUGUUGGGAGGAGGGAUGCGACGGCACUGUAUUUAUAGCGUGGCGUGCCAGGGGGUCUACUGAGCGAGCCCAGGACCCCCACCCCCCCACCCGGUAUUCAGAGAGGUCUUCCUGUCGGAGGAACACUUGACCUGUGUGUUAACGAAUGAGUGUGUGUGUGUUUGUAAGAUAAUUGUUCUCGCGUCAGAUUCUGCUGGACUACUGGACUUUCCAACUUGAUUACACCCCCAGCGCCUGAUCUCAGAAGCCUUGGAAGGAGAGGAGGAGGAGGAGGAGGAGGAGCAGCAGCAAACUGUGACUCGCAUCGCCUUCAGCGACGCUCCGUCACGUCGUCGUCGUUUCACUCGUCGCCCGUCUCUUCCGGCGAUGCGUUCGAGGCCGUCGGGACGAUCUGGUCGAUGCUUUUGUUAUUGCCCAGAAUAAGAAAUUAUGCAAGUGUUACCGGUUUUUCUUCUUUUCUCACAAUGAACUACAAAAAGACUUUGUAGACGUCGGUGAAGACGCUAGUCGAGCUUUCAAAUGUGAAGCGGACGGAGGACGCCUGUUAAGUUCUCCGAGUCUUUCUCGUUGUUGAAAAUGAUCGCCACAGUAGACCCCGCCCCCCCCCUGACUAAACAACUACUUCCUCCACAGGCUCUGCUCAGUUGUCUCAAAGCUUUAGCCAGAAGCCAAAAGCCGCUUUCAGCUUUGCCAACUACUUUUUUUUUUUUUUUUUUUAACUUUUUAUUUACCUAAACGAAAACUAAAAACAGGCGGUCCGACUCGCUCCGUAAAGCGCUCGUGUUGCGGCGCCUGUGUGGGUAUGAAGAAAAAUCUGUGCAAAAAAACAACAAAGACAACAACCGUAAUAUUAUUGCCAUAACUCUUUUUGUUGUCGUACCCCUCUCCGCUGCGUCGAGCUCCUCGGCUUCGUGGGCAGAUGUGAAAUGUUUUCUUCUCGUUUCGUUCCUCUUACAAAGGGAAUCAGGUACGGCGCGUCUUAACUGGAGCGAACUUUAUGCACGUCACCUGUCUUCUGUGGGUUGGAUCCUCCUGUGCGUGUGAACCACUAGUCGGUACGCGACGACGUCAGUGUGAGUGUGUGUGUGUGUGUGUGAGGACAGAUUGGAUAUUCCUUUGUGAAAAUGGAGUCUUAAAUCAGGCAAUACGUGUCGGGGUGUUUUGCUUAUCUUUGGGAGUCUGGAGCGGGUUCUAUGGUGCGAGGAGAUUCAUGGCGAUGGCUUCACCGGACGUGUUCUGGAACUUAUGGAUCCUCCAGUGAUGUCAGUGUGGAAAAGUAGGAGGAAAAAAAAUAGAUUAUUCCUAAUUUUAUUUUAUUUCCCCCUGUAGCCUAAUGUAUCAAAACAAGUAUUGGAGUUUCCCUAUUUGAGAAUGCAUAUUUUGUUAAAUUGUACAUAGUGAAAUAUGUAUUUUUGCACAGGCAUUUUUUUCGUACGCGCAGAAUUUUUUGGUACAAUCUUUAAAAAAAUAAAAAAUAGACGGGAAGACAAAUUUACAAAAAAUCAAUUAUUUAUUUCGUAAAAGAUUCUUUUUUUUUUUAAAAGAGAGUUUGAUUAUUUGAAGUGGUUCACUGCCAAAAUCUCUAGAAUGCAAUACGCCAUAUAUGUAGAAGCUGAAGCAUCUCAUGAAUCAUGUGUGGAGGGUGGAGCGUUGCCACUGUAGCAUGCGUUACCUUUUUAUUCACUUUGCAAAGGUCUCCAUCACGCGGGCUUUUUUUUCUCUCUUUUUUUUAAAGCGGAUGAUUUUUUUACGUGGCUUUAUUAAUCGACAAAAAUGACCCAACCGGCCUGUGAUUCCGACGCUUCAUUCACUCUGCAGACCUUAAACACAUUUCACGACUGAAACGGGGGGGGGACAAAACAACAACAACACGAAGCCGCUCGCGUCAUCGUUGCCAAACAAGUAAUUUUCAAUCACAGCUUUUUUAAAAGAAAUAAGUUUGCAGAUUUAAAAAAGAAAUAUGAACAUUUUAAAAGAAAGUGCCUGAAUUAGUUUCUCAGCUCGACUGUUUUUGAGGACGGUAUCGUUUUGGGUUUGUUUCUAAAACCUUUUACUUGAAUAUUGGAAAAAAAGCAUUUAGGCGUUUGCUUUUAAAUCUGCCUAUAAACCCUAAAUCUGGUCAAACCUGAGAUUGUCAGCAGCCCAGUAUGAAACACUUGUGUUGUUGGUGUUUUUAAAAUUGUUUUUAUUAAAAAAAGGGGGGCGGGGAGAUUAAAAGUUAUCCAGACGAGACGUGAAGAUGCUUGAGAUCCUCUCUGAUUACGUAAAGAUCUUCAAUCAAGUGUUUUGCUUACUCUAAAAACUCCACCGACGUCUCCACUUUGUUUUCCAGCCGAUGGAAACACGGCGGGGGCGUUUUAGUUUUUAUUAAGAGCACCAGAGACUUGGAAUGUGAACGUGAGAGAGAGAGAGAGAGAGAAUACAGCUGGUGUUUGGGAGGAAACAAUGAAUCCACCAUUCAUAUUAUGUAAAAGCGUGUAUAGAUUUUGUUUGUUUUUUGUAUACAUUAUUAAAAUCAUUUUUUCAGCUGGACUUAUUGUAUUGGCUGCUAUGUAAUUCAAGAACAAAACAUAGGUUAGAAUUAAUAUUUAAAAGAAAAGAUUGUAUAGUAUAUUUGUUUUGUAACAAGUUUCUGUAAAUAAAAUAAUUUAUACUGCUAUUUAUAUGAAA